AUGAAGGUGAAAAGCAGGGGAAGCACCAGCUUACUGGUCUCCUUCGCGGCAGUCUGCCUGGUGGUCUUCCCCGGGGGCAGGGCCUGUCCUCGCCGCUGUGCCUGUUACGUGCCUACAGAGGUGCACUGCACGUUUCGGUACCUGACCUCCAUCCCACACAGCAUCCCGCCCAACGUGGAACGUAUCAAUCUAGGGUACAACAGUUUGGUUAGAUUGACAGAAACGGAUUUUUCUGGCCUAAACAAGUUGGAGUUACUAAUGCUACACAGCAAUGGGAUUCACACAAUCCCUCCUAAGACCUUCUCAGAUUUGCAGGCCUUGCAGGUCUUAAAAAUGAGCUAUAACAAAGUUCGAAAACUUCAGAAGGACACUUUCUAUGGUCUCAGAAGCUUGACACGGUUGCAUAUGGACCACAACAAUAUCGAGUUUAUAAACCCAGAGGUUUUUUAUGGACUCACCUCUCUCCGACUGGUGCACUUGGAAGGGAACCAGCUCACUAAGCUUCAUCCAGAUACAUUUGUCUCCUUGUGCUACCUCCGGAUAUUUAAAACAUCUUUCAUUAAGUAUCUAUACUUGUCUGAUAACUUUCUGAGCUCCAUCCCUCAAGAGAUGGUCACCUAUAUGCCUGAUCUGGAAAGCCUUUAUCUUCAUGGGAAUCCCUGGACCUGUGAUUGUCAUUUGAAAUGGUUGUCUGACUGGAUACGGGAGAAGCCAGAUAUAAUAAAAUGCAAAAGAGACAGAAGUCCCUCCAGUCCUCAGCAAUGUCCACGUUGCAUGAACCCCAGGACCUCUAAAGGCAGGCCCUUAGUUAUGGUCCCAGCUGCAGCUUUCCUGUGUGCCAAGCCGACCAUUGACCCCUCCCUGAAACUGAAGAGCCUGACUAUUCUGGAACAUAGUGUUUCUGUGUCCAUCUCUCCCCAAGAUUUCAUGGCACCCUUCGGCUCCCUGACUUUGAAUAUGACAGACCAGUCUGGAAAUGGAGCUAACAUGAUCUGCAGUGUUCAAAAGCCCUCAACAACAUCAUCCACUGCAUUCACUGCAGAAAAUGACUAUAUCAUGCUAAACGCAUCAUUUUCAACAUUUCUGGUGUGUAACAUAGAUUACAGUCACAUUCAGCCAGUGUGGAAAGUGCUGGCUUUGUACAGUGACUCUCCUCUGAUCCUAGAAAGGAGCCACUUGCUCACUGAAACACCACAACUCUGCUACAAAUAUAAACAGGUGGUACUGAAGCCUGAAGACAUCUUUACCAACAUCGAGGCUGAUCUCAGAGCAGAUCCCUCUUGGUUAAUGCAAGACCAAAUUUCCUUGCAGCUAAACAGAACUGCCACCACGCUCAGUACGCUGCAGAUCCAGUACUCCAGCGAUGCCCAAGUCACUUUACCAAGGGCAGAGAAGAAGCCAGAGAAACACAAAUGGACCAUGAUUUCCAGGGAUAACAAUACUAAGCGGGAACGCACUGUUUUGGUCGGUGGGACCAUUGACCUAGAUUGCCCCAGCCAAGGAGACCCUCCCCCACAACUGGAGUGGCUUCUAGCUGAUGGAAGUAAAGUGAGAGCCCCUUACGUUAGUGAGGAUGGACGAAUCCUGAUAGACAAAAGUGGAAAACUGGAACUCCAGAUGGCAGAUAGUUUUGACACAGGCAUAUACCACUGCAUAAGCACCAAUUACGAUGACGCAGAUAUUCUCACCUAUAGGAUUACGGUGGUAGAGCCCUACAUAGAAGCUUAUCAGGAAAAUGGAGCUCGUCAUAUAGUUUCCAUUGGUGAAACACUUGACCUUCCAUGCCAUUCUACGGGUAUCCCAGAUGCCUCUGUCAGCUGGGUUCUUCCAGGAAACACUGUGCUCCAUCAGUCCUCAAGAGAUAAGCAAAUUCUUAACAAUGGCACGUUAAGAAUAUUACAGGUGACUCAAAAAGACCAGGGUCAUUAUCGUUGUGUAGCAGCCAACCCAUCAGGGAUCGAUUUUUUAAUUAACAAAGUUUCAGUCAAAAUAAAAGGGCAACAGCCAGUGGAGCAUAAUGUAGAAACCGAUGGAUCUGGGUUUGAUGAGCUCAAUGCCAUUGCUCAGCUUAAGGACCCACCAGCUGCACAACUCCUCACAUCUGCUCCAGUGAGGGCUGAGGCUGGAAAACAAGUCUCAGUCACAAGUAAGAAUCCUAAGCAUGGGGUGUUAAUAGCCCAGCGGCAUGGAGAUGCAACCAACCAACGUUUUGGAGAGCACAGGAGGCAGUUCCCUCCCUCUGCCCGGAGAAUUGACCCACAACACUGGGCAGCAUUACUGGAGAAAGCUAAAAAGAAUAUUAUACCAGAGAAGCGAGAAAAUAUCAUAACAAAGCCACCUCCACUGGUCACCCAACUCCUGGAAAUACCUGGUGAGGAAGUAGACUCAUCAGGCAUGCUCCCUCCAGAUGAGGAAUUUAUGGUCCUGGCAACUAAAGCUCCCAGUGUUCUGGCAAGGACAGUGACUGCUGAUUCCAGAAAAUCAUCUGAUAUCCCUGUGACAAGUAUAGCUGCUGGCACCAAAGUCUCCCCAGUUGUGAGUCCACAGAUACUACUGCCUGAAAAACCAAGAGGUUUCAAACCAUCUACUACUAUUAAAACUAAAGCCAUGUCAAAGAACAUGAAUGCAACCACAUCAAGCAAAAUGCAAGGCACAACCAGCCGAAAUUUAUCUACUAUCUUUCCUCUACUACCUGAAGCAAGUCAAUUUCAGGAUGCUGAGGACAUGGAGAGAAAAAGAGAGCACUGGCAAAGUGCACCCCCAGUAACAGUGGGGGCUACUACAAUCAAAGAUGUCCAUAUCAAAAUUCUGGGCAGUGCUAACAGUAAAGCUGAUGUAUUUUUAGGAUCAGUAAAUGCCACGAGUAGUCAUCAGACGUCUGUAAUAGGAGUCAGCAAACCCUGGAGCCGUCAUUCCCAUUCUCAUGUUACUCAAAAACUUAACACUUCUAAGCUCCCUUCAGACCCUUACACUGGUAAGGCUCAUUCUCAGUUACACAUUCCUAGAAAUAGUACAAUUAACACUGCACUGUCCAGACACUUUGCAAGACGGAGGAAAAUUUGGAGCAGGGGGCAAACUCCAAUUUUCCGACAGCACGGAUACAACUUUGUGAGGCCAACACUCAGAGGUUCUUCUGUAGGAAGAACCACUGCAUUUUUAGCCACAGAGCACAAUGUGGAAUGCCCAUCCUGUUCUCCCAGAGAAAGGCUCACCACUGCUGCAGCAGCAUUGCCUUUUCCAAGGUCUUCCCCCAUCACCCUCCCUGAAGCUAAAAUUGCCAGAGUCAUAGCAGAAGAAUCUACAACUCUAGUCCACAAUCCAUCAUUGCUAUUUGAGAAAAAACCAAAUGUAGAUGUUGAGAAAACAGCACCGACAAUAAAAUAUUUCAGUGCUGAAAGUACCCAAGUGACUCCAACUUGUGCAGUUAUGACUCAUGCAACACAUAUUAGUUACCCAAGCAUGUCUAAAGCCAGUGAAGCUAAAAGAGAUUCAGUGAUUGUAUCGCCACUUCCAGGUCCCACCAUCAAGCCACCUAUGCCUACUACUAUAGCCAUUACAAGACUUUCAAGAAGGAAAAUUCCCUGGCAUCAUAUCUUUGUAAAUAACCAUAUCCAAAAAGAAAAGCUAAAGAAUCAGCAAAAAUUUGGUUCACAAAAAAGCACAGACUUGGUUUUUCCUAAAAUAUCUCCUGCUUUACCCACAGAUAAACUUUCCCCCUUCCAUUUCACAACACUCUCAGCAAGUGUGAUGCAAAUCCCAUCCGUAACAUCAGCUAAAACUCACCACAGUGCCACUAGAACACACAGUCGUAUAAGUCUCCCAACAAUGAAGGAGCUGCCCUUCCCACCUGUUUACCCUACACCUCCUAGUAGCUCAAGCAAAGAAUCAAGUACAGAUUUCAUAUCACUGCAAACAGCCAUGCUGACAACUACUCCUACUGCCCCUGCAUCUAUCAUUAUCAACAAAGCCCAAAUAGGCAGACCCAGGGCACGAAAAGUACAAAGAAUAAAGGAGACUCAAAAGAAUAGGAAUGACCCAAAUAACUCUCCCAGCCAGAUUUCUGGCUUCAUUACACCCACCACUGUGACACUUCCUGUUCUAACAGCAGCUGAAACUUCAACCAAACCCAGUGUGUCUGCUCUCACUCAUUCUCUUCUAGAAAACAUAAAAGAAAUUUCAAGCACAAUUGGUCUUCAUCCAAGAACCUUUCAUCUGACAGAUGUACUUGAAAAGCCACCCCAGAAGAGUAGUCAGACUUUGAAGAGCACAGCUGCUUCUGAAACCACUUUGUCCAGCAAACGACACCAGAGUACCACCACUAGGAACAGAAUCCUUAGACACUCAACUGUGCCACCCUUCCUGAGCGCCAGUGCCACUCCAAUGCCAAUUCCCACCUCCCCUCCCUUGAGUAACCAAAGUGCAGUUGCUGACAAUAUGGCAACUCCCAUUUUCAGGAUGAUGACAAGUACAAUGGUCAAGUCACAUGAAUCCUCAAAGCACAAUGCUCAUCCACAGCAAUUAGAAGUAACAUCUCCCCAAACUCACCCAAAUGCCAAGUUCACAAUUGGAAUCACCCACUUUAUCUACUCCAAUCUGUUACGUUCUACUUCUGUGCCAGCACUAAUAACAGCUAAAUCGCAGAAUUCUAAGUUGACGCCCUCUCCCUGGUCAGAAAACCACUUUUGGCACAAAUCACACCCAGAAACGGCUGAAAAGGUCAAAAAGCCAGUAGUGAGCAUACUGCCCACUCCAGAUCUGCCAGAGGACACCACUCAUGCUUCAAAUUGGGAUAUACAGAAGAAUGCAAAGAAAAGUAGCUUCAAUAAGACACCAAUUCAAAAAAUAACAACUUCCAAAUUCCUUCCCUUUGAUUCUUUAUCUAGGAAUAUAUUUGAAAGGCCCAGAAUAGUUGGAGGAAGAGCAGCAACGGCAAGUUUUACUGUUCCAGCUAACUCAGAUGCCUUUCUUCCUUGUGAAGCUGUUGGGAAUCCCAUGCCCACUAUCCACUGGACCAGAGUCUUAUCAGGACUUGAUUUGUCUAAAAGGAAACAGAAUAGCAGGUUCCAGGUGCUCCCCAAUGGCACCCUGUCCAUACAGAGGGUGGACAUUCAGGACCGUGGACAGUACCUGUGCUCAGCAUCCAAUCCAUUUGGCACAGACCGCCUUCAUGUCACCUUGUCCGUGGUUUCCUAUCCCCCCAGGAUCCUGGAGAGACAUACUAAGGAGAUCACAGUCCAUUCCGGAAGCACAGUGGAACUGAAGUGCAGAGCUGAAGGCAGGCCCAGCCCUACAAUUUCCUGGAUUCUUGCAAACCAAACAGUGGUCUCUGAAUCAUCCGAGGGGAACAGGCAGGCCCUGGUGACAUCUGACGGAACGCUGGUCAUCCACAAUCUCAGCAUUUAUGACAGGGGCUUUUACAAAUGCGUGGCCAGCAGUCCAGUGGGCCAGGAUGCACUGCUGGUUAAAAUACAAGUUAUUGCGGCCCCACCUGUUAUUCUAGAACAAAAGAGGCAAGUUAUUGCAGGGACUUGGGGUGAAAGUUUGAAACUGCCCUGUACUGCAAAAGGAACUCCUCAGCCCGGUGUUCACUGGGUCCUCUCUGAUGGCACCGAAGUGAAACCAUUACAGUUCAUCAAUUCCAAGUUCUUAUUUUCAAAUGGAACUCUGUUUAUCAGAAACAUAGCCUCUUCAGACCGGGGCACUUAUGAAUGCAUUGCUACCAGCUCCACUGGCUCAGAGAGAAGGGUGGUAAUUCUUACAGUGGAAGAACGAGAGACCAUCCCCAGCAUAGAAUUUGCAUCCCAGAAAUGGACGGAGGUGAAUCUGGGGGACAAAUUACUACUGAACUGCUCAGCCACUGGGGAGCCGAAACCGAAAAUAACCUGGAGGCUACCAUCCAAGGCUGUCGUCGACCAGUGGCACAGAAUGGGCAGCAGCAUCCAAGUCUACCCAAAUGGAUCACUGUUUAUUGGAUCAGUAACAGAAAAAGACGGUGGAGACUACUUGUGUGUGGCGAGAAACAAGAUGGGGGACGACCUGACCCUGAUGCACGUCAGCCUAAGACGGAAACCUGCCAAAAUUGACCACAAGCAACAUUUUAAAAAGCAAGUUUUUCACGGGAAAGACUUCCAAGUCGAUUGCAUGGCUUCCGGCUCACCAGUGCCCGAGAUAUCCUGGAGUCUGCCUGAUGGGACGAUGAUAAAUAACGCCAUGCAGGCCGACGACAGUGGCCACAGCACCAGGAGGUUCACCCUCUUCGACAAUGGAACCUUAUACUUCAACAGAGUUGGGAUGGCAGAGGAAGGAGAUUACACUUGCCACGCCCAGAACACUCUAGGGAAGGAUGAAAUGAAAGUCCACCUAACAGUCAUACCAGCCGCCCCACGGAUCCGGCAGGGUUACAAGACCAACACGAGAGUCAAGGCUGGAGACACAGCCGUCCUUGACUGUGAGGUCACUGGGGAACCCAAGCCAAAAGUAUUUUGGUUGCUGCCUUCCAAUGACAUGAUUUCAUUCUCUAAGGACAGGUACACAUUUCAUGCCAAUGGGUCUUUGUCUGUCAACAGAGUGAAACUGCUCGAUUCUGGAGAGUACGUAUGUGUGGCACGAAAUCCCAGUGGGGAUGACACCAAAAUGUACAAACUGGAUGUUGUCUCCAAACCUCCAUUAAUCAAUGGUCUGUAUACAGUUAAAACCACCAUUAAAGCCACGGCGGUGAGGCAUUCCAAAAAACACUUUGACUGCAGAGCCGAAGGGACACCAUCUCCUCAAAUCAUGUGGAUCAUGCCAGACAAUAUUUUCCUCACAGUUCCAUACUAUGGAAGCAGAAUCACAGUCCAUAAAAAUGGAACCUUGGAAAUUAGGAAUGUGAGGCUUUCAGAUGCAGCCAAUUUUACCUGUGUGGCUCGGAAUGAAGGAGGAGAGAGUGUGCUGGUGGUACAGUUAGAAGUACUGGAAAUGCUGAGAAGACCGACAUUCAGAAAUCCACAUAAUGAAAAAAUCGUUGCCCAGCUUGGAAAGUCCACAGCAUUGAAUUGCUCUGUUGAUGGAAACCCACCACCUGAAAUAAUCUGGAUUUUACCAAAUGGCACGCAAUUUCCCAAUGGACAAAACAACUCUCAGUAUCUAAUAGCAAGUAACGGCUCUUUUAUCAUUUCUAAAAUGACUCGGGACGACGCAGGAAAAUAUCGGUGUGCAGCAAGAAAUAAAGUUGGCUAUAUUGAGAAAUUAAUUGUAUUAGAAAUUGGCCAAAAGCCAGUGAUUGUCACUUACGCACGAGGAACAGUUUACAGUAUCAGUGGAGACACUCUAUCGUUGCGCUGUGUCUCUGAUGGAAGCCCUAAGCCACGUAUCAAAUGGACCGUGCCAAGUGGUUAUGUAAUAGACAGGCCUCAGAUCAGUGGAAAAUACAUACUGCAUGAAAACGGCACCUUGGUCAUCAAAGAGGCAACAGCUUAUGACAGAGGAAGCUACGUUUGUAAGGCUCAAAACAGUAUUGGCCACGCACUGAUUACUGUUCCAGUAGUGGUUGUGGCCUACCCUCCCCGAAUUACAAAUCGCCUACCCAGGAAGGUCCUCACAAGGACGGGCGUGGCCGUUCAGCUCCGCUGUGUGGCCCUGGGAGUCCCCAAGCCAGAAAUCACAUGGGACAUGCCUGACCACUCCCUGUUCUCAGGGGCACACGAAGGGAGGACACAUGGAAUUCAACGUUUUCACCCACAAGGUACCCUAGUCAUUCAGAAUCCUCAAACCUCAGAUUCUGGGAUAUACAGAUGCACAGCAAAGAAUCCACUUGGAAGUGAUUACGCAACAACUUACAUCCAAGUAAUCUGACAGAAAAUAAAACUACCUGAACAAAGUCAACAUCUGGACAGAAUUUACUUUUUGGAAGAAGUUUAAUCAAAGGCAGCCAUAGGCAUGUAAAUGAAUUUGAAUACACUUACUUACUUACAAUAUUAAAUUUAUAAUAGACAUGCAAAAAAAAGGACUUGUAAAUAAAUACAUUAUGAACUGAUACUGAUUUUUUUUUAUAAUGGAUCUUUUAACUUAAGGCACUUUUAUUUUGCCAACAAAUAACAAUGAACAUUAAGAGAAAACGAUCGACCAUAAAAUAACAAGUGGAUAAUGUACCUGAAUUCUUCAUUAAAGAAAGAAUGGAAUUUUUUUUCUUUCAUUACCAUUUGCCUAGUGUCCACCUUCUAUUAAUCAAUCAAUGUGACAAGCAUGGUGCUGAGGACAGACACAAUGGAAAAGAUGAUUAAGUUUGCGGUCGAUGUAAAUUUGCCAUCCUGAUGUAUAAACGCUGUGGUCAGUUUAUAAAUAUUUUACUAAAACCCACAGAAAAUAAGCACUGAACUGUUUUACGAUUCACCAUUUUGUGCACACUGAAAAUUUUCACUGAUGAUGGGGAAUACAAAAGAAAGUUUUAAUAACUGCAUUUAAAAAUAAAUGCAGGCUGAAUUUCCACUUGUAAGAAAGCAACUUAAGACCUGCACAUCAUAAAACGUGAAAAGGGGGGUUGAUUACAUCUAUCCCAAAUAAAGCCAUUAAAAAGUUU